AAAGCGGUUUAAUUGAAUAUACUCAUCUAAUGAUUCUUGUUUGAUCAAUUUUAUGUUCGCCACGAGCUCCUGCUGUCACUCAGCUGUGAAAUGAUCCGUAUCGAUAGUCAUGCAGACAUUGUAAGCACAGUAUUUAAAGGCGCCUAAUUAACCUACGGUGUCAAACAACCGAUGGUUCAAGCUGAAAAUGACUCACACAAGUGUUUUGAUGCUGUCCUUACUGGUGAUCGCUCCAGCGAGUUCGAUCCAGGUGAUGUUUGACUCCGUCAGUAACUGCAACGGGAGUGGGGUUAUCGAUUGCAACGUAAGAGUGCACAAAAUCAACAAAACAACGGCAGCUCUCAUGGGAGAACUGGUGCAAAACAUGGAAGUAGACGACAGUUAUGUGGGUUCAGUAGAACUACACCACAGCUCGUUGGGCAACAAUCAGUUCAAUCGCUAUCCGAUGAAAAUGGGACCGACCGGGAUGUGCGACUUUCUGGACAAGUACUGGGACGAUUACUACGAGUACGCCGUCAAGUACGCUCCGAACAUUGUGAAACCACGCGAGUGUCCGUUCGGAGCAAAGACUUACCAGAUAGUGGAUUGGAUCAUGGACUCCGAAAUGCUGCCCCAGUACGUGCCAACGGGACUUUGGAAGGUGAUCAGUUUGCUGUCCAGCACUAAAAACGAACACUUUUUUGUGAUUGAAAUUAUUUUCAAAGUGUACGAGGACGGUUAUUUUUAAA